AUGGGACACACUGAUCCAACUCUCCCUUUCACUCUGACAAGUCGCUCUUCACACCACCGUCAACCGUCAGCCGUCCAACGGCUCAACAUGGUAGCCAAUCGCUUACACAGUCCAACAAUACCCCUGCUCACCUUCGUUGUUGACCGGCAAGGAGGGAAGAUGAAUCCGACCCUGGCUUAUCGGUCAUCCGGAAAUCGUGGCCCCAUCGCUCAAUCGUUCAAAAACAUGCAUCCGCGAAACACCUGCCAUCCUUCGACUCCGUACAUAGACCCCAAGGUCUCCAUCAAAGGCGAACCAUUCAAUAGUUAUUCUGAUGGCCUCAUCAUGCUUCACGAAAUGCAAGACCUUUCUUCAACCAUGGGCGCCUUCCAAGCCGCAGUCCCAGCGCAUGCCGAGUCAUCUGGUCUCGCUGCAUCGCAAAUCAUCGCCGGGGUCUGUUCCAUGGUCUCGGCGGUCUACACUAGGGUGAGUGUUACUGUCCUGCAAGUUGUCGAGUCAUGGUUUGGAUUCUGGGCCGAGCACCUUCUUAUGCCCCCAAUCAAACAUUUGCCUUCGCGAGGUCUAGGUAUCCGUAUGUCCAAUAACCUUUGUGCAACGACGACUGAAAUUGCCGUCCAUUGUCUCAGGACACCUACCUAA